AUGCCUCGUAUCUGGUUCAUCACCGGCUGUUCCUCCGGCUUCGGUCGCCAAUUGGCCAUUGCAGCCGCCCAGAACAAAGACACCGUUGUCGCUGCAUCGCGCGACCCUACCAAGCUAGCUGAUUUGGCCUCGCAGGGCGUUAUCGCGAAGAAGCUGGACGUGCGCGCCAGCGAUGCUGAAGUCAAGGCUGUUAUCGACGAUGUCCUGUCGACGGUUGGACCAAUUGACAUCCUGGUGAACAACGCGGGAUAUAUUCUGGAAGGAGGAGUAGAGGAGUGCAGCCACCAAGAGAUCGUCGACCAAUUCGACGUCAACGUCUUCUCGCAGAUCCGUGUCCUACGCGCUGUUCUGCCUUCCAUGCGCGCUCCUGCCAUCGCCAUCUACACCGAGUCGCUGCGCAACGAACUGGCUCCCUUCAACAUUGAAGUAACCUGUGUGGAACCAGGCUACUUUCGCACGAAUUUCCUCACUUCUGGCCACAAGGUCACGGCCCAGAACCACAUCCCGGAGCUUGAUCCCGGAACCCAGGCUACCCGCGACGCCCUCGCCGCCUACAGUUUGCACCAGCCUGGCGAUCCCGUCAAGGGCGCCCAGGUUUUGCUCGAGGCCUUUACCAAGACCGGUAGAUGCGAGGGACGUCGUCUCCCUGGCAGGUUGGCCUUGGGGCGGGAUGCCUUGGCUGCCAUAGGGGGGAGUAUCGCCCGGGAGCAAGAAAUGCUGGAUAGCUGGGGGGAGAUCGUGGGGUCAACGAACUGUGAUGAUGUUUCAAAUUAGAUUGAGGGUUAACAUCAUAGAUCUAAAGGGUACAGUACCGUUGUAGUUAGGCAUCACUACGGCUGUAGCCUGCCUAGAUCACUGCCUGAUUCCCUGCUUUUGCAUCAUCUUUACCGUUCAAAGUAUC